UUGAAUUACAACCACCCCAGGAUUUCUUAUCUUCUGCGUGUUUCGUUCCAUCCAUCUCUUUCUUGGAACAUUAGCGGACCGCUAUUAAAUAUUUUAUCGUUUGGAAAAAGUUCAUUGCAAGCACUAUUCUCGCAUCACCGGAGCGAUCGAGAACCGAGAGCCUUUGCUGGACGAUCGAAGAUGAAGUUACUCGGUUGGAUGCACCGCAAGUUACGGCAAAACGGCCACGAGCCGCUCAAGGAUUUUGGCGCCACCGCAGGACAGCCAUGUCCAGAUGAUCAGAAAUUCUCUCAAAGGCGAAGCUGCGGUGCCGAGCACCUCAAGCAGUCGCAGCGCGAAGUCCUCAGAAAGUCCUUUGCCUGCUUGGAAUCGGCCAUUUCGCAGGACGAUGAACACUACAAAGAAGAGCCACUAGCUGCUGAGAUAACUGACCUUUUCCAUGGUUUCCUGGCGAUCGGCACCCUCGGUUCUGAGCCCGCUCUCGGCCAUGAUCCUGCAACUCCGACUUUCUCCUACUCUCUCGAGAACAUAACCGAGAAAGAGACUGAGGUGACCGAGAACGAUCUGAAGCUGAUCAAUGAAGAGCUGGAGAAGGUGCUCGCGGCUGAGGCGAACAAGGAUGAGUGGGGAAACCAGUCAUCCGGGAGGAACAGCCAUGUUAGCACGGGGAGGAGCAGCCACGUGAGCACCAUCACGCUCGGCGGGAAGGUGGAGGCACAAGAGACCAAUUCAAGCAAUGGGAGUGCUGUGUGCCCGCUUCAGGGCUAUUUGUUCGGCUCGGCGGUAGAAGUGCUGGAAGCACCUAAAGUGGAUAAGAAGGAGCACAGGACGUCGCUUGGGGAGCUGUUCCAGAAGACCAAGAUGACCGAGGAGGAGUUCGGCUAUGGCAAAAAGGAUUGGGACAGUUCAAUGGUGCAUUUCGUGAAGAAGAAGCUGAAAAAGAAGGCCCUGCAAGCUAAUCCUGCAGCCCGGAGCUCCUCUUUUGAUGCAGGGACGAGUUCCGAUUCUGGUUCGGCUGAGACUAAGCUACACAAGAUCCUGCAUAUGUUCCACAAGAAAGUCCACCCUGAAAACUCAUCCGCGGCAAAGAAGUCCUACGAGCAGCAGAAGAUCGAAGUCAAGAAGAAAGCGACGAGGGGCCACGGGCACAACGUCGGGAACCAGGUCCUUCCUGAAGAAGACAUCGUGAUAGUCCCCGAGAAGAUCCUCCUGAAGGAGAAGAUCCGGCGCCUCAGGAGCCAGUCCAAUCGCGCCCGGAUUCUGGUCACCGGGGACGAAUCCAACGGGAACAGGGAGUGCUGGAUCAAGACCGAUGCGGACUAUCUGGUGCUGGAGCUCUGAGAAGCGGAUGACAGAAGCCGUCGGACGACCGGAGCGCGAAGACGUCGACGGCGACGACGGCGCGGCGACUUGUGUUCCGAGCUUGUAGCGGUCCUUUUUAUGCACUUAUUAUUUGUUAUGUUGCUGGUAGUGUGCGAGUGAUAUACGAAGAGCCUUUGAGUGGGGAACUGUCGAGAAUAAGAAAAGAGGGGGGACCCUCCCUCCCCUCUUGAGACCUGCUUCUUAAAUAUAGCAUGCGAAUGGUUGGUGA